AUGGGGCUGCCCCGGCCAGGGCUGUGGCUAAAGAGGCUUUGGGUCCUCCUGCAGGUAGCUGUGCAUGUGGCCAUGGGCAAAGUGCUACUGACACUGUUUCCAGAGAGAGUCAAGCAGAACAUCUUGGCCAUGGGCCAGAAGACGGGGAUGGCCAGGAAUCCCCAGUUCACCCAUGACAACUGGAUCCCGACCUUCUUCAGCACCCAAUAUUUCUGGUUUGUCCUGAAGGUCCGCUGGCAGCGACUAGAGGACACAACUGAGCCAGGGGGUCUGGCCCCAGACUGCCCAGUGGUCCGCCUCUCAGGACAGAGGUGCAACAUCUGGGACUUCAUGCAAGGGUAAGUCUGGCCCUUGGAACUAUAAUCCGGAGGAAGUCCGUGCUGUCCUGGAAAAGCUCUGCAGUU